AUGGCUCCGAUCGCAGUUGGUGACUCAAUUCCAGAUGGAACCCUAGCUUAUUUCGAUGAGAACGAUCAACUCCAGAGCGUUUCAAUUCACUCCCUUGCCGCCGGCAAAAAGGUCAUACUUUUUGCUGUUCCCGGUGCUUUCACUCCCACUUGCAGCAUGAAGCAUGUGCCUGGGUUUAUCGAAAAGGCUGACGAGUUGAAGUCAAAGGGUGUCGAUGAAAUCUUGUGCAUCAGUGUCAACGACCCAUUUGUGAUGAAGGCAUGGGCAAAAACUUACCCUGACAAUAAGCAUGUGAAGUUUUUAGCUGAUGGCUCUGCAAGUUACACUAAGGCACUUGGUCUUGAACUUGACCUCUCGGACAAAGGGCUUGGCACACGGUCCAGGAGGUUUGCUCUCCUGGUUGAGGACUUGAAGGUGAAAGUUGCUAAUAUUGAGGCUGGUGGAGAAUUCACAGUUUCCAGUGCCGAAGAUAUCUUAAAAGCUCUGUAA